AUGCUCACGUGGCUAUGCGGAACCGCGAUCACCUUGUUCAUCCUCAGCAAGUUACACGAUCGUCAGACCUCUCGUGAAGAUGCCUCAAUCGACCUACAAGUACCUGGCUCAAUCCAACACGAAGAAGACGGUGUCGUUCGCAACACCGACGAAGUCACCUUCGAAGAAAACGCGCAAGUCCCCCUCGCUCCCCUCACCCCCACCACAUACAAGGGUCGCCCCAAACCUCCCGGGGCCGACAAAAUCCUGUUGAUUAUAAAAACCGGCGCCACAGUCCUCUGGGACCGGAUCCCGAUUCACCUCGCGACUUCCCUUCGAGAUGGCUCGGUCCCCAAUUUCCUCAUCUACUCCGACCAAGAGGACACAGUGGCCGGUGUUCAGAUCUACGACGCCCUCGUGAAUGUGUCACCACACUACAAAACCCAUCACCGGGAUUUCGAGCUCUAUCGACAUCAAGUUGCGUUACGAACUGGCGGACCGGGCAAGACGACCAUAUUCAAGGGUGACAUCGGAAAAGCCGGAUGGAGGCUCGACAAAUACAAAUUCGUGCCAGCGUUGGUGGAUGCCUACAAAAGAUAUCCAGACAUGGAGUGGUAUGUGAUGGUCGACUGUGACACCUACAUCAUCUGGCAAAACCUCGUGCGGUGGUUAAACACCCUCAACUCAUCCGAAGCAAUCUACACCGGAGCCCCAACAUGGACUGACAAACAACUGUUCGCACACGGCGGCGCAGGGAUCAUCAUGUCCAAGGCUCUCCUGAAAGCUACCGUAGCCACACCCGAGUACGAUCAACAUCGGUGGGAGGGGGAGAAGACCUCGUUUGGGGAUCACGUACUCGCUAAAUCCUUUAAAGACCUCGGUUUCGGUUUCUGGCGCUCAGAGACGAUGAAACUCAUCUUUCAGCGUGAACCACCCGAUAUGGUUACAUACCGCGAAGACCGCUGGUGUAGACCCAUCAUGACACUCCACCAUCUUGACGCCAGGGAGAUGGGCAUGCUAUACGAAUUCGAGAAAGCGAUGAUGCCAGAAGAGGGCUACAUAAAAUACGCCGACAUCUACGAUUACUUCAUCGCACACCAACUCACCCCCGAACUCCCCUCCUGGGACAACAACGCCCGCUCCGUUAAAUACCGGCGCUCAGACCCUACCCCCAACGAUCCACCCGACCGUGCGCCAUGGUACGACAAAGAAAACUGCAGAACGGCGUGUGAGGCGUGGGAGCGAUGUUUAGCGUGGAGGUGGGAGGAGGGGUAUUGUGCCCUUGGGGAUUUCGUGCAGUUUGGGAAGGGGAGGGAGGGGGUUGUUAGUGGGUUUAUGGUGGGGAGGAUUGGGGAGGUAAGGAGGAGGGUUGGGUGUGAUCCGAUGAGACAUUAA